AUGGAGGAGCUAAGACGAUUGGAGAAGUUUCAGAGUGUUGUAUCAGCAAUCACUCGUCACGGUUUACUUUCUUCUUCGACUUCCGAUCCCGCUUCUUCUCGAUUCCUUUCCAAUCUCGUCCUCUUCCUUGUACAACCAUGCGGCGACCUCGAUAUUGAUUCGAAACUCGGCCUGGUCUCUGAUUUCAUUCCGAAAAUCUCUGGUCAUUUCCUCGAGGCGAUUUCGAGGUCGAUCGAGCUAGACGAUGAACCCAAACCAGUAAACACAAGCUCAGCAGAGUCGCAAAAAAGUUACUUGAAGAGGUGUGUCAUGGACAAUGUUGUUGAUCCUUACUCGUCGCAGAAACACCAACAAGUGGUGGCAAUGGUCGGGCUAGAUUCAAUGAAAAGAGCAAACUCUACUCUUGAGGAUUUCUCCAGGUCUUAUUUCAUGUUCCACGGCUUGGAAAUUAACGAACCACAGUCAAUAUUCAGAUAUUUACCCUUGCUUUCCUUCACUGAGAGUUACAUAUAUCAGAUGGAUGCUCUUAAUGAGAAGAUAGUCAGUGAAUCAGCUUCUGGAUCCCAAGUCAUUUAUUCAAGCCAUGGAUGGAAUGCUGAAUCACGAGCUUUGUUUGAAACUGAUCCACUAAAGCCGCUUGAAGAUCUGCUUGAACGCGAGGGCCUUUUGACGCAGAGAAUACAGCAAGAGUUUAGGUCGGGAGAAGAGUAUUGGGCGUUAGAGAGAAAGCUUUGCCAUGAUCUUUCUAACAAAAACAAGAUGUGCCUUGAAGAUGUGAUGAGAGCAAUUCAUUUGAAGUCUUUUGAUUACCGAGUGUUGAAUCUCCUACUAUACAAGUUGAGAGGAGAAGAGGUGAAUGAGUUGCAUAUGGACUUCUUGUCAAUUUCAGAGUUCUUGGUUGAAGUAGCUGAUGAUCUGUUCGAUUACGAGGAUGACGUGGUCGAGAACAAUUUCAAUGUAUUAAGAAUGUUUGUGGGGAUAUUCGGAUCGUUGAAUGCCCCCACUGAGCUGGCGAAGCGGAUAUCGGAAGCUGAAGAGAAGUAUGAGCAGAUUAUGGAAUCACUGGAUCCACAUUUGUCUUCCAAUUACCGAAGAAGAUGUGAAGAAGCUACUAAAGAAGGUGGGAAAAUUUCUGGUCAUACGCUAGGAACGUGGAAUAUACCGGCGGUCAUCUCCGACGAAAAAGCAUACCGAGCUGCUCAACGUUGA